UUUGAUUUGUUCAAGUGUCCUCUGACUGACUCCUCCUGUGCUACCCGGAGACCAUGUGGCCAAGCCCACUGGGUUGAGAUAGGUACCAGUACCAGCAGGGGAACUCUAUAUAAAGGCUGACAUAGUUUAGAGGAACCAGCAGUUGCUGGUCUUUAGCAUCCAGGUCUUACAAGUAGAAGAGUGGAACUCAUCGAAAGACACAAAUAAUCAUGUCUCACGCUUGGGGUUAUGGAGCAACGGACGGUCCAGAACAUUGGGCAGAAAGCUUUCCUGUUGCAAAUGGACCCAGGCAGUCUCCCAUUGAUAUCGUACCCACCCAAGCACAACACGACCCUUCUCUGAAGCAUCUCAAAUUGAAGUAUGACCCCGCCACCGCGAAGGGCAUCCUCAACAAUGGCCAUUCAUUCCAAGUGGAUUUCACUGAUGACGACAACAGCUCAACUCUGGCUGGAGGCCCCGUCACUGGGAUAUACAGGUUGAAACAGUUCCAUUUCCAUUGGGGAAGCAGUGAUGACAAGGGCUCAGAGCACACUAUUGCCGGAACCAAGUUCCCCUGUGAGCUUCAUCUCGUUCACUGGAACACUAAGUACCCAAGCUUUGGAGAAGCUGCCAGUAAGCCUGAUGGCCUUGCUGUGGUUGGAGUUUUUCUCAAGAUUGGUGCUGCCAAUCCAAGACUUCAGAAAGUUUUAGAUGCUCUUGAUGACAUCAGAUCAAAGGGCAGACAGACUACAUUUGCUAACUUUGACCCUAAAACCUUGCUGCCCACCUCUCUGGAUUUCUGGACUUAUGAGGGGUCUCUAACUACACCCCCUCUGCUGGAGAGUGUCACCUGGAUUGUUCUGAAAGAGCCAAUCAGUGUUAGUCCUGCUCAGAUGGCUAAAUUUCGUAGCCUGUUGUUCACAUCGGAAGGAGAGGCACCUUGCUGUAUGGUUGACAACUUCAGACCCCCUCAACCUCUCAAGGGACGCAAAGUCCGUGCGUCCUUCAAGUAAAUCGAAGCCACAACCCUCCCACUUGCCUUCUGAUCAUGGUGCUUUUGACUGGUUCACAAAAACAUUCCCAGCGCAAUUGCUACUGAAACAUCACAGUAUUUGUUCUCAAUCCAGGCCCUUGCUUACACUGCAGUGUUGAUAACAAGAAGGCUGGAUCUAAUCUUCUAAAACUGUCUGUUUGUCAUAAAUGCCCAUAUUAUUACUUAACGUGAGGAAUAAUAUUUAAAAUGCAGUAAUUAGUUACCUUUUUCCAUGCAGCUGUUAUGUAAACUGGACAAAUGGGAGAUGAUUUAAAUCCCAGUUAAUUUUUGAUUGCUUCACUUUGCGCUUAAUAGGUACAUUUUCUAGCUUUGAGGAAUUGCACAAUACUCCAUGUUGUUCAGUAGGAAAGACAUUAUGGCAAUAUGGCUUAUGGCAAUGUGUGAAUAUGUCAGUUAAAUGUGUGAAUGAUCGGAUAUGUUGAAGCUAAAAUACCUACAGGGAAACACUCACUAAAUGCAAUAUGUUGUUAAAGUGAUUCACUAUUUAUAAAGAGGAAUUUCAAGGGCUUUUAAAGAUUGUUUCUGAGAAUGAUGUCCUGCCGUAGGUACUCUAAGAUUUUUUUAGAAUUAGAAGUUAAUUGAGCAGUAUUGCAAACAAAUAUUAUAUGUAAAUCAGUCAUGUAUUAGGAAUUUUAUCAGCAAUAAAUAUAUUUUAAACUACA